AUGCCCGCCGCCCGCCUCCUGCUUCUUCUUCUCCUCCUCGGGGCCGGCGGCAGCGGCAGCAGCCUGGGCCCCAGCCGGUGGCUUAGGCGGAGAGACUGUCACUCGGCAGACUUCAGUGGCAGGAGCAGCGUCUGGACUCAGUGGUUCCAGUUCUGGCCCAACACUGUCACAGAACACGUGCCCGGCAGAGCCAGACUGCUGCGCCUCGGGAGCCCAACACUUUUGCAAAGGUUCUUCAUGGUCGCUGGAGGGAGUCGGCGCCACACAGGCGAAGUUCCCAAAGUGACAAGGCCUUUCACAGAUCCAGGGGAUCCUUUGCUCUCACAGGGCCGUGGGGAAGAACUUCUGUCUGAAGGCUGCCGUGGAUGCUUACCGCUCUCUGCCUUCCUGUCUUUUCCCUUCUCCAGGGGCUACUUGGUGGCAGCACCUUCUGUUUUCCGGGCGGGCACGGAGGAGGCGGUCAGCGUGACCAUCUUUAACCCGGUCAAGGAGACGACAGUCCAGGUGCAGCUGGUGGUCAAAGGAGAGACGGUGGCCCGUGCUCAUGGCACAGUUCUGGGUAAAGGAACCAUUUCCCUCAAGGUGCCCCCAGGGUUGCGGGGUCAAGCCCACCUGAAAGUCUGGGGCAAUCGGCACUUGGCGGAAGAAGGCUACAUCUUCCACAACCACACGACAGUGACCAUCGACAGCAAAGGCGCCUCCGUGUUCAUCCAGACAGACAAGCCGGUGUACAGGCCCAAGCAGAGAGUGCUGAUCAACCUCUUCACCAUCCGCCCCAAUUUGCGACCCAUCGAUGAGAGGGUCGAAGCUUACAUUUUGGAUCCUCGUGGGUCUCGGAUGAUUGAGUGGAACAAUCUGAAGCCCGUCUGUUGUGGCGUUCUGAAUAUGAGCUUUCCUUUGUCGGACCAGCCGGUGUUUGGCGAGUGGUUCAUUUUUGCCGAAAUGCAGGGGCACACGUACAACAAGUCCUUUGAAGUGCAAAAGUACGUUUUACCCAAGUUUGAGCUGUGGAUCGAGCCCCCUCGCUACAUCCGUGACCUCAGCAUGUGUGAGAAGGGAACGGUCCAUGCCAGGUACACGUUCGGGAAGCCUGUGGCGGGGAGACUGACAGUCAACAUGACAGUAAACGGCGUGGGGUAUUACCGGCAUGAAGUGGGGUCCCCUGUCCUCAAAACCAGUGAUAUUGAGGGCUCCGUGCAGUUCGACGUGUGCGUGGCUGACAUGAUGCCUGUGGACAUCCCGGAGCAUUUCCGAGGCGUCGUGAGCAUCUGGGCCACAGUGACUGGUGCUGACGGGCACAAGCAGGCCACCUUUGACGACUCCACCCCAGUGCAGAAACAGCUGGUGGACAUCAAGUACACGAAAGACACCCGCAAGCAGUUCAAGCCAGGCCUGCCCUACAGAGGGAAGGUGGAAGUCACGUAUCCUGACGGGAGCCCGGCCGAUGGGGUGACUGUCCGGAUCAAAGCAGAGCUCACCCCAAAGGACAACAUUUACACCAGCGAGCUGACGUCCAGCAGGGGGCUAGUGGUGUUUGAAAUCCCAUCCAUCCCCACAGCUGCCCAAUAUGUCUGGCUGGAAACCAAAGUCACUGCCAUUGGCGGGAAGCUCGUAGGAGACCAGUAUUUGCCCAACUACCUGUCCAUCAGCAGCUGGUAUUCGCCCAGCAAGUGCCACCUCCAGCUCCAGAUGUUGGACAAGGCUUUCCUGGUGGGAGAAGAGGCGAGCAUUGCUGUGAAAUCCACGUGCCGCUGCGACGUCACUCUCCACUACGAAGUGGUGGCCCGAGGAAACAUUGUCCUCUCCGGGCUGCAGUCCAGGAACGUGACCCAGCAGAGGAGCAGAAGGGCUGAUGUCUCUUCUGGCAGAAGCCUCCACGCCACUCACUCCACAGCCGCCCCCACCGGACCUCCUGCUGCUGCUGAGAUGAAUGCCUGCGUGACCUCUCUCCGUUUCUUGGUGACCCCCAGCAUGGCCCCUCUGGGCCGCCUCCUGGUGUAUUACGUGCGGGAGGAUGGGGAAGGGGUGACAGACAGCUUGCAGUUUGCCGUCAAGCCUUCCUUUGAGAACCAGGUUUCAGUGACAUUUUUGGCCAAUGAGAGCAGGCCGGGGGACUCUGUGGGCAUCAAGGUCAGAGCCGCCAAGGGGAGCUGCGUCUGCUUGGCUACGGUGGAUAAAACCGUUCACCUCCUGAAGCUGGGCUUCCAACUGACACCUUCCCAGAUCUUCCAGGAACUGUCAGAUUAUGAUGUGUCCGAUGUCUUUGGGACCCCCAAGGAAGAUGGCCACUUCUGGUGGCCAAGCAUGUCUUUGCGUCGGCGUCGGCGUCGUUCCUCCAUCUUCCCCUGGCACUGGGAUAUCACCAAGGAUGCCCGCUUUGCCUUUACGGAAACAGGGUUGGUUGUGAUGACGGACCUCGUCCGCUUAAACCACAGGCAGCAUGGCAGCAUGUACACGGAUGAGGCCGUGCCAGCCUUUCAGCCCCACACCGGCACCCUCGUUGCUGCUGCACAUCAUUCCAAAACGAUGCCAAGGGCAGAAAAGAAGAAAAGAAUUUUCUUCCCGGAGACGUGGCUUUGGCGCUGCUUAAACGUCAGCCAGGUGACCGGCGAAGCCCAGCUGCAGGUUCAAGUCCCAGACUCCAUCACUACGUGGCUGACGGAGGCCGUGGGGAUGUCUGAGGAGAGAGGGAUGGGCGUGGCUGGACAGGCCAGCCUGAAGACGUUCAAGGCUUUUUUCAUCGAGUUCACCCUUCCGUACCGCGUCAUCCGUGGGGAACAGACGAAGAUCCCGCUGACCGUCCACAACUACCUAGCGGUGUGCUUGGAGGUUCACGUCAAGAUAGUGGUCCCCAAAGGCAUAAAGCUUGUCGGGCAUCCUGGGAAACACCACCUGACCAGGAAGAAGUGCGUGGCCCCUGGGGAAGCAAAGCCCACCUCGGUCGUCCUCUCCUUCAGCAAACUGGGACAGAACAACAUCACAGCCAAAGCCUUUGCUUAUGGGGAGAGCAGCUGCUGCCAGGACGGGCUGCAGUUUGCAAAGAGUGGGAAGCAGGCGGAGGAGUUCUACCCGGACAGGCAGGCCCCUUUUGGGGUGGACUACGUUCGGAGGAGCAUCCUCGUGGAGCCAGAGGGGUUGACCAGAGAGUACACCUACAGUGUCUUCUUCUGCCCUAAUGAGAAGAUUCAUAUUUCUACUCCUAAUAAAUAUGAGUACCAAUAUGUGCAGAAACCUUCCCGUAUGACACACUUCAGUGUUGCUGUGAAGGCGCACAACAACGCCCACAUCGCCUUGUCCUCCAGCCCCCACGACUUGGCAGCAAUGACGGAAAUUGUCAUGGGAGGGCACCAGAACACCCGGACGUGGAUUUCCGCCAGCAAGAUGAGCGAGCCAGUGGCCAGUGCGGAGACACCGGGGCUCCUCUCGUGGGAUGAGUUCCGGACCUUUUGGAUCAGCUGGGCUGAUGGGCUCAUCCAGGUUGGCCAUGGGCCCUCAGUCCUCAAUGAGUCAGUCAUCGUGUCAUGGGCUGCCCCCCGGCCCCCCGAGGUGAAGUACAUCGGCUUCUCCACAGGCUGGGGCUCCGUUGGCGAGUACAAAAUCUGGAGGAAGGAAGAGGCAGAGGAAAACCACAACGAAGCCUUUACUUUGGGCGUUCCGCACAACGUGAUCCCGGGAUCGGAGAAAGCCACUGCCUCUGUGAUUGGGGAUGUGAUGGGCCCCACCUUGAACCACCUGGACAGCCUCCUGCAGCUCCCGUUUGGCUGCGGGGAGCAGAACAUGAUCCACUUUGCACCUAAUGUUUUUGUCCUCAAGUAUCUGCAGAAGACCAAGCAGCUCAGCCCAGAGGUGGAAAGCGAAGCCACUGACUAUCUGCUUCAAGGGUACCAGCGCCAGCUGACCUACAAGAGGCAAGACGGCUCCUACAGUGCUUUCGGGGAGCGGGAUUCUUCCGGGAGCAUGUGGCUGACGGCCUUCGUACUCAAGUCCUUUGCUCAGUCGCGGGGCUUCAUUUUCAUUGACCCCAAGGAGCUGCUGGUGGCCAAGGACUGGAUCAUUCAGCACCAGAAGGAGGAAGGCUCCUUCCCACCCGUGGGCAGGAUACUGAACAAGGACAUCCAGGGAGGGAUCCACGGGAAGAUUUCGUUGACGGCGUAUGUGGUGGCAGCUCUUCUGGAGACGGGGGUGACCUCUGAGGAAGAGAAGAGUUCUGUGGCCAAGGCGAAGCUCUUCUUGGAGUCCAACGUGUACUCGGUGGACGACCCCUACACCACGGUGCUGACUGCCUACGCCCUCACGCUCUUGCACAGCCCCUUGGCAGGCGUGGCCCUGCGGAAGGUGAACAGCCUGGCCAUCACACAAGAUGGCUUCACACACUGGAGCUUAACGGGGACUCUGGCUGCCAAUGAGGACACCUUCAUGGGAUUUAGUGACGGGCUCUUUCAGUCAGUGGUGUCCGCAGAAGUGGAAAUGACGGCCUACGCCCUGCUGACCUACACGGUGCUGGGGGACGUGGCGUCAGCGCUGCCCGUGGUCAAGUGGCUUUCCCAGCAAAGGAAUGCUCUGGGCGGCUUCUCUUCCACCCAGGACACGUGUGUGGCCCUCCAGGCUCUGGCGGAGUACGCCAUCCUGUCCUACACGGGAGGAGUCAACCUGACGGUGUCCUUGGCCUCCACCAACCUGGACUACCAAGAGACCUUUGAGCUGAACAAAGCCAACAAGAAGCUCCUGCAGACCACGGUGAUCCCCUCCAUCCCCACGGGGCUCUUUGUCAGUGCCAGGGGAGAAGGCUGCUGCCUCCUGCAGGUCGAUGUCUCUUACAACGUUCCUGAUCCUGUGACCAAUCCGGCUUUCCAGCUCCUGGUCAACCUGCAGGAGCCGAAGCCGAAGCGCCGGCGGCGAGCCCCGCACCCCCCCAAGCCCGUCUCCCCCAGCAAGAAUCGCUCGGAAGCCUCCCAGCGGGAGCUGGCGGCGGGGGAUGAUGAUGACCCUGCUUCGGACCAGGACCGCCAGGAGUAUCGUGUGGCCGUGGAGACCUGCAUGAGAUGGCUGCACUCUGGCUCUUCCAACAUGGCUGUGCUAGAGGUGCCCCUCCUGUCGGGUUUCCAAGCGGACAUAGAGAGCCUGGAGCAGUUGCUCCUGAACAAGCAGAUUGGCCUGAAGAGGUAUGAGGUGGACGGCAGGAAAGUCCUGUUCUAUUUUGAUGAGAUUCCGAGCCAGUGCAUGACCUGCGUCAAGUUCACGGCCUUCCGGGAAUACAUUGUGGGGAAGACGGCCCCCGUGCCCAUCAGGGUGUACGACUACUACGAGCCAGCCUUUGAAGCCACUCGCUUCUACAACGUCAGUGAGAGCAGCCCCCUGGCUCGGGAGCUCUGCGAUGGACCCCUUUGCAACGAGGUGGAGAGCGCGGCCAGCCACGGGGUCGGCUUUGUCCCUGCAGGGCCUUGCCAGGGCAUCCUGGGCUGCCGGGAAGAGGGCCCCUUGGAGCCGUGCCUGUGCGCCCGAGACUGUGGCUAUGAUGGGGACCCAGUGUGCAGCUCCGAAGGGCUCCUCUACCAGAACCGCUGCCAGAUGGAGGUGGCGGCCUGCAGAAACGGCACCCGCCUCCAGCAAGUCUCCAUGGCCCAGUGCUCCGGAGGGGACAAGAGCCCCUCCCUCCAGCCGGACUUCUCUUACUACUCCUAUGAGUACGAGGUGGACCCCUAUGCUGCCUCCGAAGGCGAUGCUUUUGAGCAGACGACUGCAGCGCAAGCAAGGGACAGCUCCAUGGGGCGGCUUUGACCGCUGGG